AUGCGCGUAACAACAGCCGUACUCACCCUCGCGGGCGCCGUCACCGCGUCGGUCCCAGGCUCAGUCCCAGCCUCGGCACCUGUCCUCAGUGCGCCCGUCACCUCGCCCAAUGUUUCGGCGGGAUGUCAGGCGCUGAGGGCGCCCCUUGGUGACGCGCUGUUUUUCAAGAACAGCGCUGUGUACAAAUAUGAGGCUACGAACUUUUGGUCGAAUACUGAAAUUAUGGCUCCUGGUUGUGUAUUCCGGCCGCAGAGUAGUCAGCAGCUUGCUGAAGGUAUUGGGGCGUUGGCUGGGGCUCAUGCUGAGUUUGCUGUUCGGGGUGGUGGACAUAUGGGUGUUCGGGGAUCUAACAAUAUCAAUGAUGGCGUUUUGAUUGUCAUGUCUAAUUUGACUACUUUGGCUUUGAAUGAGGAUCAGUCUGUUGUUUCUAUUGGUCCAUCGCACAGAUGGAAGGAUGUCUACAGCUACCUGCAGAAGCAUGAUUUGUCUGCUGCUGGCGGUCGUCUUGGCCCUGUUGGUGUGCCCGGAUUGUUGCUUGCUGGUGGUGUCAACUUCUACGGUAACCAGGUUGGAUUUGGCUGUGACACUGUUGUCAACUAUGAGGUUGUUCUCGCCGAUGGUUCUAUUGUCCAGGCCAACAAGACCAGCAAUCAGGAUCUUUUCUGGGCUUUGAAGGGUGGAAGCAGCAACUUUGGUAUUGUCACGCGCUUUGACCUGGCGACUAUCAAGUCCCCUAAGGUCUGGGCUGGUUCUUAUACCGUGGAGGCCAAGUACAUUGACCAGUUCCUGGCUGCCGCUGCCAAAUAUGCCUCAGACAUCUAUGAUCCCAAGACUCACAUUGUCCCGGCUCUCGUUCCCGGCGAGACUACUCUCGCCUCGGUGAUCCUGUUCUACGACAGCGACAAUACCAGCUACCCCGAGAUCUUCAAGCCAUUCACCGACAUCCCCGCUAUCAGCAGCACUCUUGACUUUAAGACGGUCUCCGAAUUCGCCACCGAGACCGGCGCCAUGGUCGUUGACGGUAUCAACGACGUAUUUGUCGCCGGCACCGUCAAGGGAACAACCUACAAGGAACUCCAUGACGGAAUCCGCAUAAUCAACCAAACCUUCUUCGCCGAGCUACCAAAGCUCUACGCCCAAAUCCCAACAGCGAACAUCUCCACUAUCCAACUAGACUGGCAACCCAUCGGUGCAGACUGGAUGCAAGCCUCCGAGGCUGCUGGCGGAAACGCCCUGGGUCUGGACUCAUCCAAGGUCUACCUCUGCUACGCCGAGGUCGUCGAGUGGAUUGGGACCGCUUAUGAUGAUAUCGUCGCCAAGUGGGUUGAGGAUACAACCUACAAGAUUAACAAUGCUACCCAGAAGGCUGGUUUGUAUGAUUCGUUCAACUAUAUGGGUGACAGUGCUGGCUUCCAGUCUAUUUUCCCCGGCUAUGGUGAGGAGAAUCAUCAGAAGCUUAUUGAUGUUGCGCAAAAGUAUGAUUCUCAUGCUGUUUUCCAGACUCUUAUGCCUGGUGGAUUUAAGGUCUACUAA